AUGACGACUCACAACAUGGAACCUCAUGCGGAUGGCGAGCCUCCGGCCAAGAAGAGGCGUUUCUUCACGGAUCCGGACGAAAAUGUCGCCCCAUCGGACGCGUCCGGCCCUGCAGCACCUGCCGCUGCAUCGCCGCCUCCUAAAGAAAAGCCACGCUUCUUCAAAGAUGCCGACGACGUUACGAACGUACGCCCUCGUGACUCAGCACCUGGCGCUCGAGGUUCUGUGAAACACCACGAGCAAACUGCUGCCAACAAUGUGCCCUCGACCCCGCAGGCUGGCCCAUCAAACAACGGCGAUGCGUCUUUGGCCUUCGAUCGAGAAACAUUCGAGAGUUUUGUCGGGGACAAGGUCCCAUCUGAUGUUCUCGAGAUCAUCCGUAAAAACUGUGGCGAUAACAUCGAGAGAGCAGUCAACAUGUACUUUGAUGGGACCUGGAAGAAGUUUAAGAGCAGAACGAUCCCCGCAAGUUCUCACACGACGAUACCGAGGAAUCCGAAACCACAGGAAUUCAAGCCACCUGACAACAAGUCUCAUGAACCCCGUCAGAUCCCGCCCGACGCCCGCUAUAUAGGCUCGUUCGGUGUGGAAGGCUGGGCAACGAGAAGCGGGUCGAAUAUUCUCAAGUACGGAGACAAUCUCAGGAUCGAGCGGCAGAAGACUCAGCAGCCAUUGAAAAGGAACCGAGUCGAUGUCCUCGUCAGGUUCACCAACGAUAAGGGCAUGGAGAUUGGUCGCUUGGCCAAGGACAGCGCCAACUGGAUCUCCACGUUGAUGGACCAGAAAUGCUGCACCUUUGAUGCGACAUGCGUCUACGCUCCCGAACGCCUGCGGACAAAUGACACCGUCUUCAUCCAGCUGCGUUGCUUUUUUCUCAAUUCCGCCUUCCACAGGCCGGGCUUGAAACUGCCCGAUAACCGCUCAACUGGCCUCUAUGAAGAGAAGGAGACCACUGAGGAGCGGGAUCUUCGCCUGAGGCAGGUUGCUUUGGUCAGGCUGUUUCAGGAGAUAAACUUGAAUCCUACCAAGCUCAGUACUGCUGCGGCUCGGCACUCCCGUGAGGGCCUGCUUGAGGCUGCCGAACUGGCCGAGAAGCAGGAGAAGGAAGCUGCCAAGGCUAAGAAGCCUGUCAAGACCGACAAAUCGGGCUCGUCGACGCCGUCUGAAGAUGAAGAUGGGACCGAGCUCGAGCAGGACCAGCUCGACUCUCUCUACAAAAAAGCCCAGUCCUUCGACUUUGACACUCCCGAGGCAGAGCCGGCCAGUACUUUCGCCAUGACCCUUCGUCCCUACCAGAAACAAGCCCUCCACUGGAUGCUGUCGAAAGAGAAGAACGAGAAGGAGAAGCGGCGUGAAGUAUCGAUGCACCCGCUGUGGGAGGAAUACUCGUGGCCGAUCAAGGAUGCCGACGACAAGGAUCUCCCACGUGUCGCCGACCAGCCCUGUUUUUACAUGAACCCCUACUCCGGAGACUUGUCUCUGGACUUCCCAGUGCAAGAACAGCAUUGCCUUGGAGGCAUACUUGCCGACGAGAUGGGCCUCGGGAAGACCAUACAGAUGCUCAGCUUGGUUCACUCGCACCGCUCGGAAGCGGCGGUCCAGGCCAGGAGCAGCCACGGUAACGGUGCUGGUUCCGUCAACAACCUCCCUCGAUUGCCCUCGUCUGCGGCUGGGGUUGUUUCGGCCCCCUGCACUACUCUGGUUGUAGCUCCAAUGUCUUUGCUGGCCCAGUGGCAGAGCGAGGCGGAGAACGCAUCCAAAGAAGGCACUUUGAAGUCAAUGGUGUACUAUGGUAGCGACAAAGUCGCCGAUCUCCGAACCCUCUGCUGUGAAGCCAACGCAUCCACGGCUCCUGAUGUGAUCAUCACCAGUUAUGGCAUUGUGCUGUCUGAAUUCACGCAGAUAGCGUCCAAAGGUGGCAGUAUGGAUGGCCAGCGCGGGCUGUUCUCCCUGAACUUCUUCCGAGUCAUUCUCGACGAGGCACACAACAUCAAGAACCGCCAGUCCAAGACGGCCAGGGCAUGCUAUGAAUUGGCUGCCGAGCAUCGGUGGGUGCUGACCGGAACACCCAUCGUGAAUAAGCUCGAAGACUUGUUCAGUCUCGUUCGUUUCUUACGAGUUGAACCAUGGAACAACUUCUCCUUCUGGCGUACGUUCAUUACAGUGCCAUUCGAGGCUGGCAACUUCGUCAAAGCGUUGGACGUCGUACAGACCGUGCUGGAACCUCUGGUGAUGCGACGCACCAAGGAUAUGAAAACCCCAGAUGGCACGCUGCUCGUGGAACUGCCGCCAAAAAGCAUUGAAGUCGUCGACAUUGAACUAUCAGAAAACGAAAGACAGAUUUACGAUUACGUGUACCUUCGAGCGAAGAGGACUUUCCAGGAAAACGUUCAGGCGGGCACCGUCAUGAAAGCCUUUACCACCAUUUUCGCGCAGCUCUUGCGGCUGAGGCAGUCCUGCUGUCACCCGACCCUAGUCCGGAACAAGGAUAUUGUGGCAGACGAGGAGGAGGCCGGGGCUGCGGCCGAUGCCGCGGCAGGUCUUGCUGACGAUAUGGAUCUCUCGGCGCUGAUCGAGCGAUUUACUGCUGACACGGAUGACGAGAAGGACGCUAAUGCAUUUGGUGCACAUGUGCUCAAGCAGAUCCGAGAUGAGGCCGCCAACGAGUGCCCCAUCUGCUGCGAGGAGCCAAUGAUCGACCAGACGGUCACGGGCUGCUGGCACUCUGCGUGCGAAAAGUGUCUCCUGGACUACAUCAAUCACCAGACGGAGCGCCACGAAGUACCAAAGUGCUUCAACUGUCGCGAGGUCAUCAACUCCCGGGAUCUCUUCGAGGUCGUGCGCCACGAUGACGACCCCGAGCCCAGGCCGGACCAAGGCGCACCGCGCAUCAGCCUCCAACGCGUCGGUGUCAACACCUCCUCGGCCAAGGUGGUCGCCCUCAUCAAGCACCUCCGAGCCCUGCGGCGGCAGAGCCCCAGGGUGAAGUCGGUCGUCUUCAGCCAGUUCACGUCCUUCAUGACGCUCAUCGAGCCGGCGCUGGAGAAGGCGAACAUGCAGUUCCUGCGGCUGGACGGCUCGAUGGCGCAGAAGGCCCGCGCGGCCGUGCUGGACAGGUUCCGGGACAGCAACAAGUUCACGGUGCUGCUCCUCAGCCUCAAGGCGGGCGGCGUCGGGCUGAACCUGACGAGCGCCAAGAGGGUGUUCAUGAUGGACCCGUGGUGGAGCUUUGCCAUCGAGGCGCAGGCCAUCGACCGGGUGCACCGGAUGGGGCAGGAGGACGAGGUCAAGGUGUACCGCUUCAUCGUGAAGAACAGCGUUGAGGAGAGGAUGCUGAAGGUGCAGGAGAGGAAGAAGUUUAUUGCUACGUCUUUGGGCAUGAUGAACGACGAGGAAAAGAAGACGCAGCGCAUCGAGGACAUCAGGGAGCUUUUGAGCUGA